AUGAAGACUGAAAAGGAUCUGGAAAUUUUAAAAAAAGCAAGUAUAACUGCUGCUCAAAGGCGUCAAAUACUCAAGCAAGAUCGCCGUAAGAAAUUCAAAGACCUUGCCAUUCAAGAUACUAAUAACUCAUCAAUUGCGUCUAAAAGAAGUGUUGAAAAAUUGUAUUUACCAAAACUCGAUUGGAAUAAGUCAGAAAGCGAUCAAGGAAAUGGUAAUGAGACACAACUUGAAUAUUUUAAAUAUUUUGUUCGAAAAGGUCCUAAGAGAUCUCCUUGUAUUAAUAGAGGUUAUUGGUUACGUUUACAUGCUAUCAGAAGUAGACUAGAUUCAAUCAUUGGAGGUACUUCUGGUAAUAUUCUUAUAAUUAACCUAGGAUGUGGUUAUGAUCCAUUAGCAUUUCAGUUAUUAGAUAAAAAGAAUGUGUCUAGCAGAAUGUAUCAUGAAAGAGUUUCAUUUUUGGAUAUUGAUUAUGAAGAAAUGAUUGCUACUAAGUCUAAAAUUAUUAGAGAAACAGCAGAGUUGUCUAACAUUACAGGUAAAGAAAUUCCAACCUCUUCUGACUUUGAUUCCACAGAAUAUAAUUCUCCAAAAUAUAAAACCAAGAUUUGUAACUUAAAUGAUUCUAAAUCAUUUAAUAACUUAAUUCAAACUAUGGAUAUAUCUGAUUCAAAUCUAAUUAAAGUAUUUAUUGCAGAAGUAUCGUUAGCAUAUAUGGCUCCAGAAAAAGCUGAUGAAAUUAUUCAAAUAUGUGGUAAUCUAGAAAAGAGUCAUUUCAUUAUCAUGGAACAAUUAAUACCUCAAGGUGUUAACGAACCUUUUUCAAAGCAAAUGCUAAAACAUUUCAAAAAAAAUGAUUCACCUUUGCAGUGUGUUUUAAAAUAUCAAACUAUUGAAUCACAAAAAAACAGAUUUGAAAAAUUGAAUUUCAAUUACGUUAAUGCUGGUGAUAUGUUUCAAUUAUGGUUACAGACCUCAGAUGAAUUGAUUAGUAAAGUUGAAAAGAUUCAACCAUUUGACGAAUUAGAAGAAUUUCACCUCUUUAGUCAUCAUUACAUAUUGUGUCAUGCAACUAAUGAUAGCGAAUUUGUAUUUACCCCAAAAUAUAAAUUUGUCGAUAAUAAAUCAUUAGAUAAACAAUUCAAAAUUUAUAACGAUAAAAAUGUUAAAAUUAGGGAUUUAGGCUUCGAUAUUAAAAGGCGAUUUGGUACAUCUAUAAUGUCCGAGAAUUAUAAAAAUAUUGAUAGUAUUAUCUACAAUUCAGGUUGUAAUCCUGCUCGUCUUGAUUCUACUAUUAAGAUUGGAUUAGAUGUAGAAAUUGAUAACUUCAAAGAUAAUAUUGAACUCUUGGAAAAUAAUUCAGAUACAGGCUUAUUUCCAACUGCUAGAAUGUGUCAUAGCUUUACAACAUUAAGUGAUACUGAAGCAAUAGUUAUUGGUGGAAGAACUGGUCCAAAUCAAAGCAUAUGGGAUUCAUGGAUAUACCAUUUAGAGACUCGCAAAUGGAGAAAAAUCAACGAUUCUUUGACAUCUAGGUAUAGGCAUGCCUCCUGUAGCUUGGGGAAAGAUCGGAUUCUAGUAGUAGGUGGUGUUGUAGACGCUAUUGAUAACAAUAAGAGCAUAUUUGCCAUUUAUGAUAAAACUACAAAUAAAAUCGAAUGCUGUGAGCCUCAAAAUUCGAAAGGUAGCUGCAUUAAGACAGUAUUUACUUCACUUGUAUCCUCUGCUAUUGCCUCCUUGCGUGGCAUUUCAGGAACCACAACAGUAGCUAUCAUAGGAGGUGAAUCCGAUGGCAAAACAAUUCAAGAUACAUUAACUAUAUAUUCUUAUAAAGACAAAAUGUUAAGAUUUACCAGACAAUUUCAAUGUCCGCUUUUUAAAAGAUAUGGCUCACAAAUAGCUUUCAUCGAUGAUACCCAUAUUCUUAUUGUGGGUGGAACCAGUGACACUAUUUUAUUUGGACAAGAUAGCACAAUUGCUAUUGCCGAUAUUACAACAGGUGAGGCAUAUGGUGUUCAUAUACCAGAUAGUAUCUGGGAAAACUCACCAAUUUGUUUUGUAGGCAGCUCAUUACAACGUGUAUCUUCCAAUAAAUUUGUGAUUGUUGGCGGUGGUGCAACAUGUUACGGGUUUGGAUCUAUUUCUAGUAAUAUUUUUGAAUUGGAUAUUUCUCUAUAA